ACGUGCAGGGUGAGCCUGUGUUGAGACAAGCUUUGGCUGUUGACACGAUUAACGGCAUGUGGUCUUUGCAAGGAUUAGUUUUGACUUUAAAAUUCUUACAGUUCAUUUAGUUGCGACGGAGUGAAUAGUUGAGAGAUUCCGAGUUGAGCUAUCCUCUGUUAUGAAUCUCCCGACGUUUCAGAACACAAGCCUUUUUUUCAUUUAACCUUUUAAUUUUGUACAACAGUACAAAGCUACUAAUAUCUACCUCCAAUAAGUUCAGUCUUCGGUGAGGACUGCAUUCUCCGUAUAUUCAAGGAAGCUUGAUUUGUCAGUACAGGCAACCAAAAAAUUUACAUUGACCUACAAGUACUUUAGAAUAUGUCGACGCCCGUUCUGAGUUUUUGGCAAAGCUUCACUUCCGAAUUCCGGUAUUUGGAUAGAGUAAUCACAGUGGUGUUAAAGGUUGGAGAUAGAUUGCUUUAGCCAUUGUUGAGGUUGCUUUAGCUAUUGUACUCUCCACCGCCAUCGGAAAGUGACCAUUGUCCAUUUUACCUCCAACCAAGACCUUUCCACCGCCCACCGACGAGUAAGGGAAGAGUGAUUUUCGGCAAGUCUCUAACGCCGUGCAGUUCCUCCGGUAUAGACAAAAAGAUGUUCCGUGCAGAAAAUGAUUAGCAUAAUUAACACAAUGCAUUUUUUAUACGUCUGGAAUAGAAACUAAAUUUUGAUUUUUGAGACAGUAGGCAUCAGACUCGGACUCAUGAGCCAGCGCCUCGGACCCUCCAACAUGAGGCGCUUCCAUUCGUUUCCUAAGAUACUUAUGACUCUAGUGGGAAUAGUAUCCGUAUUUUUGCUACUUAGUUCACAGAUAAACAAUGGUGUAAAUUGGAAAAUUAACCCAAACGAUACUGAAUUCGCGUCUGAAAUCUUCUUGGAGCUGUUGCCGUACAGCGCCUCGUUGGCUCUGGAACAACCAAACGGUCCCGUAAUACACUUCCUCGAAGGCUAUGGCCACACGACUUACUCGAACAGAAUGUUGUGUGCCAUCGAGUCCGCGUGUGUAGCCAAUCCCAAUAGUUCAGUGAUCGUGCACAUGAAAUCUACCAAACUUCUAUGGACGCCAGAAAUCGUGCAACUCUUGGACGCUUUUAUCAACUUACGCGUGGUGACGUUGGACCAAGAAGAGCUCUUCAAGAAGUCCCCGCUGAAGACCUGGUACGAACAGAGGAGGUGGCAGCAGAGUUCUUGGCCGGUCUCUCAUUUCAACGAUGCCGUCAGAUGGCUGAUUCUGUACCACUACGGUGGAGUAUACAUGGAUACAGACUCCAUUUCCAUCCGUCCCCUGACGCCCCCCUCGUUCGCGGCCCUCAACUUCGUGGGCUUGGAGUCGAACCAGUGGCUGGGAGCUGGAGUUAUCGGACUCGCUACCUCGCAUCACUGGCUUCCGAGACUGGCAUUGGAAUCCAUCGCCAACAACUUUCAACCGCAAGAAUGGGGUGCCAUGGGCCCCAAACUCCUCACAAAAGUCGUUUCGGAAAGAUGUGGCUUGGUCAUGCCAUACACCGGUAGCAGCAAAUGCUCGGACCUGACACUGCUGCCUCGUGAAGCCUUCUACAACAUCCCAUGGUGGAGGUAUCAGAGGUUCGUGAACCCUGACAGGAACCACAUUUUGUCCUCAAAGCUUCUCGGGAACAAGUCGGUGUAUGUGGUUCAUAUAUGGAACCACCUCACGCAGUCCAUCUCGGUUCCCCUCAACGCACCGCCCACCGCCAUCUACAGAGGAGACCCAGAAACUAACAGGAUCCCUCGGACCAAAGAAUUCCCACGCCCAGACUCCAGUGGGAAAACUCCCUCGAAUCUCGCACAUGAAGAAAAAUUUUACUCUGUUUUAGCGGUAAUUGCUAAAAAUGUAUGUCCAAUCACUGUAGAUUUAGCAAAAUAUUAUUUAUAACUUUCUUGAACAAAAUUGUUUUUAUUAUAGUGGUAAAUUAUUGUCAUUGUAAUAUUAAUAUUCAGUAUAUUGUACAUUUUGCAACCCAACCUACUGCAGUACAAGCAUUACGCUCACUGUAGAUAGUACUCUCCUGCGGUAUGUAAAUAAUACUACCCUGCCUGAUGUACAUAAUACUCUCCUACCUGAUGAGCUAUAUUACGAAUGAUUCAUCAAAUUGAUGUAACUACUGCUUUCUUUAAUGGAGAAUUAUACAGAAUAAAUAAUAGAUAAACAAAAUAGUGUCCGUGAAUGGGACCGAAGUUCAAAUGAACUGAAACAAUCAACCAUCAUUCUGUGAAUUCCCCUCAGGGGGGACGUCUGACGUGUGUCUGU